ACAGAUAAAUGUUGCGUUAGCAGAACACCUCAAAACUAGUCUUACAUUUUGUUUAGUUCCUGGCAAAAAAAUGUUUUUAAACGAUAUUGGACAGCCUUUAAUAUUAGAUCCCCAUAAAACAUAUGGACCUUAUGAGCAACACAAUGGGCCGAUGCUGUUAACAUCAGCCGCGUUCCAGGAUCACAGAGCUCCUUCAAAUUGGUGUGGGCGCAUUAUCGGCUCAGCAGAAGAUGUGGCUCGUUUCCAAAGCGUGUCAUCCAAAUCGAAUCAAGGGUAUAAAUUCGAUGUCCUUAAGCCCAACGAACCAACCGAAAUUGUGUACGACAAUACAAAGAUCAUGCUGACUUUGAUACCAGCCGGACAGAACGAGGACAAUGAAAAUGCCAUCUUAUAUUAUUUGAAAAAUGACUACAUCAGUGCUCUUAUAGCUGACAAUUUGACCGGCUAUUUAGAUUUUAUACCAAAGGCUGGUGCAUCCUUCCAUCUUGCACUUGGCAAGGGCAUCGAUGUCAUGUAUAUUGACGAUAUAUGCUACAUGUCCGAGGACGAUGAAGCGCUGGCACAAAGAGAGUAUAUCUAUGCUCUGGUACAGCUCAUAAGACCCAAAUAUUUGUACGGAUUAAGAUUGGACAAAUUACCGAAGUAUUUGCUCAAUCUUUGCGUUCAGAAGGAUAAGUUGUUAACCGAUGAUUAAUCACAAUUAUUGACAACCAGAA